AUGAUUGGUAUUACAGCUGGGUUUCAUUGUGAUGAAACUUCGAAUCACUGUUUUACAUCUAUUGACAUAAAAUCUGCCUUUACUAUGAAUGGUAAUGAAACAGUUAGCCAGGUAUACGCCAAAGAUAGGAAACUAUAUUCACUUAGUACAAACGGUCCGGUCCCUAUAGAUGAUAUUAUAACCGCUGACGGAUGGAAUCAUACACGGUAUCUUCUUACUGCAAAUGGUUCCAUGCCUGGACCACCUAUUAUCAUUUACCAGAACCAGAAAAUAACGAUUAUAGUUAAAAAUCAUUUGUUAAAUGAAGCCGUGACUCUUCAAACGUUUAAUUAUACCUUUAAACCGACGUUUGGUGGAUCUUACUGGUAUCACUCACACGUAGGCAAUCAGAGAGAUAUGGGUCUUUAUGGUGCAUUUAUCGUUCUUCGAAAAAGGGAUCCAGUACCAUUUAAAUUCCAGCAUAUUGUUCAGAUACAAGAAUGGAAUCAUCUGUAUGAUGCAAUGGCAUUGGUCAAUGCAAAUGUGAAGGAUAAAUCGCCACAUUCGAUUCUCAUCAACGGCAGGGGAGAAUUUGAAGAUAUCACUGCACCUUUAGAAACAUUUUAUGUUGAUAAAGGGGACCGAUGUUUAUUUAGACUCAUCGGAGUAGGUUCAAAAGAUGUACUAUUGUAUUCUAUACCUGGGUUAAAGUUAAAUGUAACAGAAACUGAUGGUUUUGAGGUUGUUCCGACUGUUGUUGAUAAAAUAAUAAUUUAUCCUGCUGAACGUUAUGAUUUUGAACUCGAUCUUGAUUAUGCUAAGGCGGGAAUAUAUAACAUUACCAUAAGCAUCCUUUCGACUCACAAUCUAAUAAUUAGACCUUCUAUUGGAUUUGGGUUCCUUAAUGUUUCAAAUAGCAAUUCUUUACCUGUCAAAAACUAUAGUAGCAAUACCAAUACUCGAGUAUUAAAUUGCCCUUUUAAAACAUAUCCUCAUGAAACAAAUGUGUUGUGUCUUCCCGUGGAUACCUUAAUUGCACGCAAAACUGAAGACGAUCAGAAAUUUGUUGUGCAGAGUAUACCAAAAUCAAAUGAAACAGACUUACAUUUCUUAAACUUUGGGUUUCCUGAUGGGCAUUCUUCCAUUAAUGGACGCAUUUUCCGUUGGCCAACCGUUUCCGCAUUAACACAACCAUCUGAGGUUGACACUGAUUGUACUGGAUGCGAUGAGGAGAAAACCUGUCAUUGUAGCCAUGCAUUAAUCUUGAAAUCUGGAUCUGAAGUCGUUAUGGUGUUGCUCAAUCUUGGUAAGGGAACUUUUAUUUCUCAUCCUAUUCACAUGCAUGGGCACACAUAUGAGGUCUUAAAAAUGGAGUUUCCGGUAGUAACUAUUGAUGGCAAAUUUACUUUCACAGAAGAUAUACAAUGCAGCGAAACACGUCAUAAUAAUGAAAGCAAUUGCAAUAGCGCACACUGGAGAAAUUCGUCGUGGAAAGAUUACAGAAAUAUCCCAGGUAUUAACUUGAAAGAUCCUGUAAGAAAAGAUUCAAUCGUCGUACCAUAUGGUGGCUAUGUAAUAAUUAGAAUAGAAGCCAGAAACCCUGGAGUUUGGUUUAUGCACUGUCACAUUGAUCAACACAUGGUCGAAGGUAUGGCACUAAUGCUGAAUGAAUCCUUUGAAAAUACCAAGAUUCCGAAUAGUCUACCAACAUGUCACAGCUUUUACAACGAAAAAUCUGUCAACACAGAGACAUCAGAUUCAACAACGAUAAGCCUUGUUGUAUUCAUACUUGUAGUCACUCCACUAGCUGUUUUGAGUACUUCAUUGGUUGGCUAUACCCUUGUUAAAGGAAAACAGUCAACCGCAGUCACUCCAACUUAG